AUGGCUGACCAAAGAACUUUAAGACAGUUAGAUGUCCCUGAUGUGAAUUAUAAUGGCAUGUGUAUUGAAUAUCCUGAAGCUGACACUCCUUUUGAACUAAAAUUUGGUUUGAUACACUUGUUGCCAAAGUUUAAUGGUCUUGGAGGUGAGAAUCCACAUAAACAUCUCAAAGAAUUCCAGGUUGUGUGCUCUACACCGUUGAGGCCUGAAGGAAUAACUGAAGACCAUAUCAAACUUCGAGCUUUUCCUUUUUCAUUGCAGGGUGAAGCAAAGGAUUUGAUAUAUUAUCUUGAGCCAAAUUUGAUCACAAGCUGGAAUGCUCUAAAAAGAGUGUUCUUAGAGAGAUACUUCUCUGCCUCCAGAGCAGCCUCGAUCAGAAAAGAGAUUUGUGGUAUUAGACAGGAUAAUGAGUCACUUGCUGAGUAUUGGGAAAGAUUCAAGAAAUUAAUAUCUAGUUGUCCUCAGCACCAGAUCACCGAGCAACUCCUCAUCCAAUACUUUUAUGAGGGGUUGUUACCGAUGGACGGGAACAUUCUUGAUGCUGCUAGUGGUGGAGCAUUAGUCGAUAAAACUCCAAUUGCUGCCAAAGCCCUUAUUGAAAAUAUGUCUCUUAAUUCUCAACAGUUCACCACUAGAGACAAUUAUGUGCAAAGCAAAGGCGUGAGUCAAAUUCAAGUUUCUUCCAACAAAGCUUUAGAGACCAGAAUUGACGAACUCACUGCCUUAGUCAAACAACUGGCAGUAGCAAAACCUCAAACAACAACUUUGUGUGGCAUUUGUACUUCUCUUGAGCACCAGGUUGAUACUUGUCCUAUUCUGAGAGACGAGUCCAUUACUGAGCUGCCACAAGCUUAUGCAGCCAACCUUUACAAUCAAAACAGGUACAACAACACUCCUGACCUGUCCACCAACAAAUACCAUCCCAAUUGGAGGAACCAUCCCAACCUUUGA